AUGUUUCCACUCGCUACGCUUCUACUCCUUGCAGAGGUUGCUCUAUCAUACAACCCAAAAGGCUAUGAGCCUUCAGAGGUGCUCUGUCCUAGUGAUGCCAAUUUCGUGAGACCAGCUUCGCAGGUCUCUCCAGCUGAAAAGGACUGGCUAGAGAAACGUCAUGUCAUCACUGAUAAAGCCUUGCUUGAGUUUCUCAACCGUGCCGACCUGGACUCCUUCAAUGCUGAGGAGUUCCUCAGCUCUUUGAACAGAUCUAUCAACAUUGGUGUUGCAAUCUCCGGUGGUGGCUACAGAUCCAUGUUCAGCGGUGCAGGACAACUUGCAGCAUUGGACAGCAGAGUCGAAGGCUCCAUCAAGCAUGGAUUAGGGGGUCUUCUUCAAAGCACCACAUACUUGGUUGGUCUGUCCGGUGGUAAUUGGCUUACCGGCUCGCUGGCACUCACCAAUUGGUCCACUGUUCCGGAGAUCCUAGCUGCUGGGGACCUCUGGGACUUGGAACACUCCAUCAUUAGUCCUAGUGGCCUGGAUGUCGUCAGUUCGGCAGAACGCUGGCAUCAGAUCAACAACGACGUUGCUGAGAAGCAAAGAAGGGGAUUUGAUAUCUCCAUCACGGACCUGUGGGGGAGAGCGUUAUCUUAUCAAUUCUUCGGUUCCAAAGAAGACGGUGGAGUUGCACUGACUUACUCAGGGCUUCAAGAGUUUGAUGCUUUCAAAUCUGCUGAAAUGCCAAUGCCAAUCUCAGUGGCUGUUGGGAGAACACCAGGCACUCUGGAGCUCAACGGUGACUCCACUGUGUACGAGUUCAAUCCUUUUGAGAUGGGGUCGUGGGACCCAUCUCUGUUCUCCUUCACUGACCUGAAGUAUCUCGGCUCCCGUGUCUCUGAAGGCCGUCCUUUGUCUGAUGUCUGUAUCGAAGGAUACGACAAUGCUGGUUUUGUUCUUGGUAUCUCUUCGUCUUUGUUCAAUGCCGGCUUACUGAACCUGAAUGUGACUGGUCUCACAGGCCCACUCUAUGACCUGGCGCAUGGAGUGCUGGAGUUUGCUGAUGAUGAGCACUGGGACAUUGCGAUUGUCGAGCCAAACCCAUUCCGUAACAGCAAGAACGCCGGUGUGAAGUCGAUUGUUGAUGAUGAAAGGCUCUAUCUAUCCGAUGGAGGCCUGGAUCAUCAAAACGUUCCCUUUGCUCCUUUGUUGCAGCCUGAACGUGGUGUUGAUGUGAUCUUUGCCUUUGACAACUCUUACGAUACUGAUGACAAGUUCCCGGAUGGUGAGGCUCUCAAGGCAACUUAUGAGCGUCAGUUUGGAUCUCAAGGUAAUGGCACUGCUUUCCCACACGUUCCAACAAUCGACACCAUACUUCACGAUAAGCUCAACACUAAGCCUAUGUUUCUUGGUUGCAAUGCCAGCUCUCUUGACGACUUGGCGACUGUUCCACCUCUUGUCGUUUACCUUCCAAACAUCGCCUACAGUACCUGGUCAAACACCUCAACUGCUCAGAUAGCCUACAGUGACAAGCAGAGAAAUGCUGUUAUCACCAACGGGUUUGAGUCUGCAACAAGAUACAACUUGACGAUCGAUCCAAACUGGCCAAAAUGUGUUUCCUGUGCCAUCAUCCAUCGUGAACAAGAGCGUAAGGGUAUCCCACAGACUGACGAGUGCGCUGAAUGCUUCCAAGAGUAUUGUUGGAGUGGUGAGCAGUACACGGGCUCUCAAGUCGUCCUCCCAAGGUCUGCUAACUGGUCUCAACCGUCUCUCGUGAAGAGGGAAUACAAUGAUGAAGGUGAUUUUAUCGAGCUGAACGGAACAAUUGUGGUUAAUGCAACGGCCAAUUCCACUGGAGUUAAUGUUUCAAACCUCUCCAUACCUUCGAUCUCUUCUGUCUACUUCAACAGAGCAGAAACCUGGGCUCCAUCGUCCAUCCUUGUCGGUGCUGUUGCAGUGGUGGCUGGCUUAUUGGUCUAA